AUGUCAGAGUCAGAUAAGGUUCCGGAGCCAUUUUUUGGGGAGGAAGAACCAAACGAAUCAUAUAGUGAAGUUUUGGAGGACCAGGGGGAGGUUUCUCAGCUUCCAAUCCUUCUUCAGGAGUUGGAGGAUGAGGAGGAGGUGACCGAAGUUGAACAUCAAGAGGAUCUUAAGGGAUUGGGGCAGGCGUCAUUAGACCAAAGUCAGGCGGAACCAGAGGUGGUGGUAAAGCUGCCAAAAUCGGCAGAAAAUAUUGCUGAGAAGCUCCGAUCUUUAGUUGAACAUCAAGAGGAUCUUAAGGGAUCGGGGGAGGCGUCAUUAGACCAAAGUCAGGCGGAACCAGAGGUGGUGGUAAAGCUGCCAAAAUCGGCAGAAAAUAUUGCUGAGAAGCUCCAAUCUUUGUCGGAGGAAGGUCUGCAGCGUAUGGUUGAACAUCAAGAGGAUCUUAAGGGAUCGGGGGAGGCGUCAUUAGACCAAAGUCAGACAGAACCAGAGGUGGUGGUAAAGCUGCCAAAAUCGGCAGAAAAUAUUGCUGAGAAGCUCCGAUCUUUGUCGGAGGAGGGUCUACAGCGUAUGGGUGAUUUUUUGCCCUUUCUUGAGGCGGAAACAAAUGCUAAGAUUGGGCGGGAUGGGUUGAAAGUAGAACUGGAGCGUCUGAAGAAGGAAUCUCAGCAAUACGCCGAAAAUAUCUCGAGUCAAAGGAGAGUUCUUCAAGCGAUUAUGGCAGAAAAGGAAAAGCUAGAGAGGCAAAAGCAAGAAUUGGAGGAAAGUCAAGAGACUUUGGAGGUACUUAAAGAAAGGGAGGAAAGCCAAAAUGCGAUUCUAGAAGCUUCUCUGACAAAUCAACUGGAGAGACAUGCUAGUGUGUUUCAAGGGGCACUGAGCGGCAUCAAUGAAAUUUACUUGGCUGAGGGAUUAGCAGUGACAGCAGUUGCGAGAGCCUUCCCAGCUGGGAGUCUUCAAACAUGGUUGACAGGGUCGACCAAGAUUCAUUUUGGCAGCCCUCAGGCUAUAAAAGAAUGUUGGAUGAAGGAGGCGGUGGAGGCCUCGAAGGAACGUACAAAUAACAAACGCGCAAUUGCUGAAUUAUUGAGUAUGUUAAAAGGACCAGAAGUGGCGGGGGGCAAACGUCCAAGGACCUCCACAAAUGUUGAAGAGAUAGACUUGACAGAAGGGGGUGAAUCCGGAGGAAAAAAUGCGAUGGAUCUACAAGUAGCUACAGUGCAGGUGGAAACAAGGAGGUUUGCCCUUCCUAAAGGGACUGUAGCCCGACCUUCUUCGCUGCCAGGGGUGUCGAGUGCAAGUGAUUUUAAGGCGAAUACCAAAGAAGAUUUUCUUGAAAUCCUUGAGCAAUGAAUCAGCUUUGCCUCCAAAAAGUGGGUCGAAGAUGUAGACGAAAAUUUCAUGUUCUACAAUUCAAUUCCGAAGACUGGAAGUUUGGGUCUUUCUUAUUCACUGGCAGAAUUGUCCCGAGAAAAUGAUUUCAAAUUCAUUGAUCCGCCGAUUCUAGUGAAUGGAAGAGCCACAUUGGAAGAACAGCAACGAUUAGCUGCAGAAUUAUUCAAUUUUGUUGGAAACAACAGCAGCACUGGACAUAAGGAACGUCGAGCGAUUUACAGGAAGCAUUAUUAUUUCAUCAAUUUUUGGAAACAUGGGUUCAAGAUGCCGAUUUAUUUCAACACUGUUCGUGACCCAGUUGCCCGCGAAUUUUCCAAAUUUUACUUCGUGAGGUCAAAACAUGUGCUGGAAUACAUUAAUGAUACAUUCAAAAUAGACAUCAAAAUGGAAGCUUGGAAACGCAAUAGCAAGAACGCACUCAGAAAAGCACAGGAAAACAUUGAAAAGUUUUACCCAGUCGUCGGCGUCUUGGAAAAAUGGAACGAAACUUUGACUGUGAUGGAAGAGUUCCCCAAAACAAGGCCGUUCUUCAAAGGAAUCACAGACAUUUACUACAGCAAAGCAGGAAAGGAAGGGAAGGAAGGCAGGAUCAAUUACAACGAUUCGAAUAAGCCAAAACAGGGUAUCACACCGAAAGUUAAAGAAGCGCUGGGGGAAAUGCUCAGUUCUGAGUACACCCUGUACAAGUUCUUGAUGAAACGUCUGAUGAAUCAGUAUGCGGUUGUUCCAUUGCUCAAAAAUAUCUCCAGUUUCCAUGAUACAAGCAGCCGUGGAGAAGCAUAAGUUUUCGAUGAUGAAUGAUUCACCCCUUUCUUGUGGAAACAUUUGACGAGAAAGUCUGGAUUAGAAAUUUACCCAUGACGAAUUUGAACUGAUGUUAACACAUUACUCGUGUUUUCAUGGGUGAUUUGAUGUCCUGAAUCAGGAUGACAUGACCAUUCAUGUUCAGCACUUUUUUCUUGAAUAUAAAUAAAAAUAUUAUGCUGUGAAGA